CUCACCCCCCGCCCCCCCCCCCCCCCAAAAUCCUUAAUUUUAGUCUUGGGAAAAAGAGUGGAAGGAGUGGCCUGGUCGUCCUCUGAAACUCUUAGAACCUGGACUCUUCAGCGAACCCUAGUGUUCGCGGGUACAAGAGUCAGGAGUCAAGGUCGGGCUAUGGCGGUUUAGAGUGCUUCUGGACUCCUCGGUUUUCUAAUGAGAAGUGUGCGCCCUGCAAAUUGGGGCUCCAUUAGUCUCGAGGAAGGGCUUCUCUCCGUUUAGCGUUCGCCUCCUCGGUUUGGGGUAAGAGGACCCUCUCCUGAGUUCGGCGCGGGCUGUGCGCUCUGGCCGCAAUGUGGCCGCGGCGGCUUCCCCUCCUGCUGGCGGCUCUGGCUGGCUGCCUGCUUCCUGCCCGGGGCUGUGUCAUGUGUGAUCCAAAGGUCGUGGAGGCGCUAAACUCCUUGGAGACGGAUUACCUCCCUGGCCACCUGGAGGCCAAGCAUCACAAAAACGUGAUGCAAAGGGUAAAGCAGGCAGUGAAAGCUUUCAAGGACCUGCCGAUUGACGAGGAUUCCUAUAUGGGGGUCGUCGAUGAGGCCACGCUGGAAAAGGCAUCUUGGAGUUUGCUGAAGGAUCUGAAACGCAUCACGGACAGUGAUGUGAAAGGUGACCUCUUCGUGAAGGAGCUGUUCUGGAUGUUGCGCCUGGCAAAGGAUAACUUUGCCAGCUAUGCUGCUCAGUUUCAAAAAGAGACUUUUUGUCCCAACAAAUGUGGUUUGAUGAUGCAGCCUCUGAUCUGGUGCAGUACCUGCCAGAAGCAGGUCCACUCUUGUCGAAAGUCCUUGAACUGCGGAGAGCGCAAAGUCAAGGUCCAUCAACUGGAAGACAUGAUUCUGGACUGCGAGCUCAGCUGGCAUAAAAUCUCUCAAGGCCUGACCGAUUACAGCUUUUACAGGGUUUGGAGGAACAAUUCUGAGACCUUGGUGUCCCAGGGGAAGGAGCCCACCUUGACCAAGACCAUGGUGAGCCCGGAGGAUGCAGGCACCUAUCGCUGCGAGCUGGGUUCUGUGAAGUCCAGUCCUGCUACGAUCAUCUAUUUUCAUGUCAGAGUAUUGCCCAAAAGAAUCGUGGAGGAGAUACCAUCACCAAACACCGAAACCCAGAAUGAGGUGGCCCCGGGUGAGGUGACUCUGGACCGCCCCCAGACGGCCACAACCGUCCAGUCACAGUCUCCGAAGCCCGAGAAAGUGCUGAGAAGCCGCCUGCUCGGGCUGCUGAUCGGGGGCUUUGCGGCGCUGAUAGCCGGCGUUGUGACUGCGAUGCUUUUCUCUCGCUCUGGGAAAGUGAUCGAUUUCCUAAAGUCCUCCUGGUUCAGCACUGGCAGUGCAGCUGCUCAGGACUCUGGGGUUUCAAAGGAAAAGACCAAAGAAUCAAGGAGGAAAUAA